ACUGUAUGCAGACAUUGGAAAAGAUCAAGUGUCAUAUUUGAUUGGAUAAACAUUGUACAUGUGAAGCAACAUUCUCUUAGAUGUGCGUAUUCGUGUGAAAUAUUCGUAAGUUAUGACAAAUGAGAUACAUCUGAAGUACCUCUUUGCAAAAUACAUUUACUCACGUUGGUGGAGGAUUUGUGAAUGUACUAAAACAAUGCUUUGUGUAAAGGUUUGUCUUAUGGAACCAAACGCUUUCAUACACAAACCUCCUACAUAAACAUUCUUUAUAAAUUUAAAGGCUAUCAAAUACAAUCUUCCCAAAGUUACCAUGUGCCACACACUAUCUUCCCAAAGUUACACUUUGUCACACGACAUCUUCCCGAAGUUACACUUUGUCACACACCAUCUUCCCAAAUUCACACUUUGUCACACACCAUCUUCCCGAAGUUACACUUUGUCGCACACCAUCUUCCCGAAGUCACACCUUGUCACACACCAUCUUCCCAAAGUUACACUUUGUCACACACCAUCUUCCCAAAGUUACAAUGUGCCACACACCAUCUUCCCAAAGCUACACUUUGUCACACACCAUCUUCCCAAAGUAACAAUGUGCCUCACACCAUCUUCCCGAAGUUACACUUUGUCACAUACCAUCUUCUCAAAGUUACCCUUUGUCACACACCAUCUUCCCAAAGUUAUAAUGUGCUUCACACCAUCUUCUCAAAGUUACAAUGUGCCUCACACCAUCUUCCCGAAGUUACACUUUGUCACACACUUUCUUCUCAAAGUUACACUUUGUCACACACCAUCAUCCCAAAGUUAUAAUGUGCUUCACACACCAUCUUCCCGAAGUUACACUUUGUCACACACAAUGUUCCCAAAGUUUCAGUGUGUCACACAUUAUCUUCCCAAAGUUACAAUGUGCCUCGCACCAUCUUCCCAAGUUACAAUGUGCCUCGCACCAUCUUCCCAAGUUACAAUGUGCCUCGCACCAUCUUCCCAAGUUACAAUGUGCCUCACACCAUCUUCCCAAGUUACAAUGUGCCUCACACCAUCUUCCCAAGUUACAGUGUGCCUCACACCAUCUUCCCAAGUUACAAUGUGCCUCACACCAUCUUCCCAAAGUUACACUUUGUCACACACCAUCUUCCCAAAGUUACACUUCGUCACACAACAUCUUCCCAAAGUUACAAUGUGCCUCACACCAUCUUCCCAAGUUACAAUGUGCCUCACACCAUCUUCCCAAAGUUACAAUGUGCCACACACCAUCUUCCCAAAGUUGCACUUUGUCUCCCGACAUCUUCCAAAAGUUACAAUGUGCCACACACCAUCUUCCCAAAGUUACACUUUGUCUCACACCAUCUUCCAAAAGGUACAAUGUGCCACACACCAUCUUCCCAAAGUUACACUUUGUAACACACCAUCUUCCCAAAGUUACAAUGUGCCACACACCAUCUUCCCAAAGUUACACUUUGUCUCACACCAUCUUCCAAAAGUUACAAUGUGCCACACACCAUCUUCCCAAAGUUACACUUUGUCUCACACCAUCUUCCAAAAGUUACAAUGUGCCACACACCAUCUUCCCAAAGUUACACUUUGUCACACACCAUCUUCCCAAAGUUACAAUGUGCCACACACUAUCUUCCCAAAGUUACAACGUGCCUCAAACCAUCUUCCCGAAGGUACACUUUGUCACACACCAUCUUCUCAAAGUUACACUUUGUCACACACCAUCUUCCCAAAGUUAUAA